AUAUGUCACAUAUGUAUAUCUAUUUCUUAGAACUGACGGCUGGUUAUUGGAGUGCAAGAAGUUAAAAGGGAACAAAUUUAAAUGGCAGAUUUGGUCGAGUGCUUUUAGGCAACAUCAGCAACAAAGCUUAACCUAUCUUGGGAUUAACUAGAAACGUAAACAAGGUUCAUUUCCUUAAACAUUGGGCGAUCUUUUCUACCCCACUUUGAAGCUUACAGCAGAAAAUGUCCCAAGUUUUUGACGCCCUCAAUGGAAGUCUGAUCAAUAGAAAUGGCGAGGAAUUGUCUUUCGGUUUGAUACAAGGAAAGGGAAAAGUAAUAGCGAUAUACUUUUCUGCUCAUUGGUGCCCACCUUGUCGAGCUUUCACUCCUAAAUUGGCAGGAUUUUAUAAGAAUGUGAAGAAAGGAGUAAACCAAAAUAACUUUGAGAUUAUUUUUGUAAGCUCCGAUAAAAGUGAAGAUAAGUUCGACGAAUACCUUGGUGACAUGCCUUGGUAUGCCAUGCCCUACAAGAAACGUUCAGCCAAGGAGAAGCUUUCAAAACUUUUCAAAGUCAGUGGAAUUCCAACGCUGAUAUUUCUUGACGGAGAGAAUGGGCAAAUCCUCAAUAGAAACGGUCGAUCGGCUGUCGAGAAUGAUGAGUCGGGCCGAAAAUUUCCUUGGAAAUCACCCACAGUAUUUGACUUGUUGAGAAAAGGCGAAUACAUCAAUAAUGGCGAUGAAGCAAAAUCGUUUGAGAGAGACAUCCAGGGAAAGGUCAUUGGUAUUUAUUUCUCUGCUCAUUGGUGUCCACCUUGUAAGGCAUUCACACCCAUCCUUAGCGAGGCGUACCAAGCGAUCAACAAAGACGAGAAGAAGUUCGAAAUAAUAUUCGUGAGCUCGGACAACACGGAAAGUGCGUAUAAAGAAUAUUUUGCUGAAAUGCCAUUCCUUGCUUUGCCGUAUAAAGCCGAGCUGAAGGAUGAGCUGAGCGAUCAUUAUGAGAUCGAAGGUAUUCCUACACUGAUUCUCCUCGAUGAAGAAGGGAACUUAAUUACAACAAGUGGACGAGCAGUGGUGUCUGGGGAUAAGAAGGGACAGAAAUUUCCAUGGCUCCCUGAACCGGUAGAAGAACUUGAUGAAGUGUCUGGACCGAGAAUCAACGAAGAACCUUGUCUGAUCUACAUUCCUGGUGAAGACGAAGAGUCAUCUGAAAGUAUGAGAAAGAUUCUUCUGCCGAUAGCCACUGAAAUGCAAAAACUAGCAAAGUCACAAAAUUUAUCACAAGAGCUCCACUUCUUUAUCGCAACAAAGGAAAAUAUGAUUUUGGAUUCGCUCAGCGAUUUCUUGAAUAUUGAUCCGAAGAAGAAAGCUCUCUUUAUCGUGGAUGUUCCCUCUGGGAAGAUAUACCAUUCUGAAUCGUCGCAGAUCUCAAAUGAAGAAAUGGUGAAAAAGUUUGUCGAAGACUACAAAAACGACAAACUUGAAGCAAAAAACAUACGAGACUAAACACGUACGUUAGUAGGCAAUUGUCUUGUAAUGCGAUACAAUACUAUAAUUGAAUGUUUGAAUGAUCGAAUGCCAAUGAACUAGAAGAUUACAGUGUAGUUUGUGUAGUCCACCAUAAUCAUAAUGACGAAUGAAGAAGUAGCGAAGAAAUGACGAAUUGCAAUGGUAAUUAAAUAAAUCAAUUUUGCCAAGUA